UACACAAUAAAUCAACCGCCAUUAAACAACACAAGAAGAAGAAGUUGUAGCAGAAGAGGAGCUAUUCACUAUAGCACUCGAAUUAGUCGAUGUGGGUCAUUUUGGUAGAAAUUUUUGUGUCUUUUUAAAUGUUUGAACAUGGAGCAGAAGUUAGCAGAGUUCAGAGUCCGGAGGAAAGUCGAGAAGCAAGCAACGAAACCCGGAAAUCCACCUGAAAGUUGUUGCCCUGAGACGCACACAGCUACGAAUGACGUCACCGACGUCACCAAGUCCACGGAGUCAAACCUGAGAGUAAAAAAGGAAAACAGAGACUGGUUGCUGGACAGUGCUGUGGGUCGCUGGCUCGGUGUGCAGCGUUUGGCUGUUACGAAUCUGACCAUGCUGAAGGUGUUACUGUGGCUUGUGUUGCUGGGUCUCUUCUCUGAGCUGGACUUUGGGCUGCCCUUCUUUCUCCUGUCUCUGUUUUACUGGCUCUAUGAAGGUCUACGGAGUCCAGUGGAAAGAAGGCCUGGUGAGCUGAGUGCCUAUUCAGUGUUUAACCCCGACUGUCAGCCCAUCCUGGGCACACUGACUGCAGAACAGCUGGAGGGAGAGAUGGGUUACAGACCAUUAAACAACAGGGUGAAUACGUAACACACUACCGACAAACUCUCAGACUGGCUUCAGUAUAAACAUGGCUGAAGUUUGGAUCGCCCUAUAGAAAGAUAUAAUGUAUUUUGUCUUGCCAAAAACCACACACACGUGUAACACAUUCACAUUUUAUUAAAUGAAUCAAUUUAAGGAAAUUAAUGAAGAGCUCUUGAGUAUUAGGUGAUAUCCUAUACUAAGCCUUCUUGUGCCAAAGUUAAUUUUAACUAAGUUAGGUGUGUGUAUACGUGGCAGUAGUUUGAUGAUGAUUGAUGUUUAAUGAUCAUGAUGUUUAUUAGGAUAAAAAAAAUAAUAAAUCUAAUAUUUUAACCCUUACAUACAUCAAUUGUGACAACCAAAAUCAGGUUUAUUGUUGUUAUUUUUCUUUAAAGGUAAAAAAUAAAAAACUAUGGUACUUGAUGCAUUUGAACGUUCUAUAUCAAGUAAUAUCCUACUGAAGAGAGCACACGAUUAUUUGAAAAUUAAGAACAUCGGUCUGAUAUCCAGUGUCAAUAUUGGUCCCUGUAACAAACGGAGCCUGGAAUUUGGAAAAGAAAUUUAGUUCUGGAUCUGGAAAUAAGAUAUAAAGAGAGUUUUGUUAUGGUUGAGUUGAUAACAUUUAUACUUUAUUAUAUUUACAAUGCCCGUCAUUAAAAAAACAAAACAAAAAAAACACAUUUUAAAACUCAGUAGUUGUAACAAACUUCAAAGCUGGGCAAGGAGGAGGCACAAACCGGCUGAAUGGAAAUGUAAUGUUUAAUCAUAAAUAGAACAUAAAUCACACGUGCAUCUCUCUUGCUCUCACUCUCUCUCUCUCUCUCACACACAGCUGCUCCUUUAUCGCUCUCUCCCACUGAUUAUUAGAGAACUCGGUGGCAGGCGUGUGUCCUCACAGCCUGGCCUCUCCCUCCACUAGUUUUUCAUAGAAUGGGUAUCAGUAUCAGCUGAUACUCAAUGUGGUUUGGAAUUAGUAUCGCAAAAGAAAGUUGUAUCACGGCAUCUCUACAUACGUUUACAUGUGAAAAAGACGCAUUGUUGUUUACUUUAUUAUUUACUUUUUACUUUCAUACUUGUGUGGUAAAAAGAUUCCAAAAACACUGUGAGUUGUGCUGGCUGAGACGAUCUGCAACUGGUGUUGCGAUGUCCAGUUAGUAUAUUCAGGUCUGAAUACUUGUUAAUAUUUUUUGGAUUAAUAAAUAAUUAAAUAAAUAAAUAUUG